AUGCACUUCCUUAACAACCCUCACAAGAGAAAUAUUACUAAUAUCAAUCUAAUUCCAGGUGUUCUUCAAUGGACACGAUUCGAAAGCAAAGGUAUACCAAUUAAUAUUUUCACUCCAUAUCUUAGUGGAAGAGUUGAUGAUAAAGAAAAUGAUGUUGAAGCCAUGAACAGUAUAACAAAUGCAGUACUGACAUGUAGAGAUGAACAUGUCAUAAUUAAUGGAGAUCUUAAUAUCAAUACCAUUAAUCCUUCAAACGGUAGAGAUAAAGAAUGGUGCUGGCUAUUUAAUCUACUCCAACUAACAGAAUAUAAGACUAAUAAUAAGACUUACAUUAGAAGACAACAGAAUAGAAUCACCACUUCAAGAUUAGACCACAUUUUCGUGUCUAAAGAUAUUAAGGUUAUCAAAGAAGAACUCCUUCCACCGCUCACAAGUAAUGAUCACAUCCCUUUUUACAUUGAUAUUGAAUUCAAAUCACAUUUAAAUUGGAGAUCAUAUAUUGGUAAGAAGAAAAGAGAAGAAAUGAUCAAAGAGAUAAAUACGUCAAAUGCCAAUACAUUUCAAGAAUUAAAUGCAGAAAUACAAAACAACAUUGCAAAAUAUGGAACCAAAGUUGACAGACUUGGUGGUAGCAUUAUUUCCUCCAUAUUUAAAGGUAAAAUUCGUAAAUUAGAAAAUAAGAUUAUGGGUAAAUUAGAAGACCCAAAUGUUGGACUUAAUGAAAUAUCAGAACUACAAACAAUUCUUAAAGAGACUCACAUCCAAUCAUGUAAAGAAAUCAAAGAACAAUUAACUGACAAAUAUAACAAUAGUCACGCCUCCCACAUGUAUCAAUUUGAUAGAAAACUGCAUUCUAAAGAAAUUAUCUGGAAAGAAUUGCCAUUUGGAGAACAAGAAAUUUUAGAUUAUUUUUCCAAAAAGUUUACAACCUCCAAUCAAACACCAACCUUUAUGCCAAGUCCAUCCACUAUCACUUCAGGUCCUAGAGAUAUAGGUCGGAUUUCAUAUAGAGAUGUAAAAGAAACCAUUAAAAGAAUGAAAUCGAAUACACCAGGACAAGACGAAAUUUCAUUAGAUAUCAUCAAGGGCUUAAAAUUAGAGAAAUUAGCUUUAAUAGUUGAAGAGUUUAACAAAUGUUUAACACAAGGAGAUAUCCCCCAAGAAUGGAAACACGAAGAAGGUGGACUCGGUGUUCCCUCAAUUGAAGAAUUUACAGACAGACUUAAUUUAAGAACUCUCUCCUUAAUAGCAAAUUCCAAUAACAAGUUAGUUCAGAAAGCUUUUAAAUUUGGAAUUAGUCAUACCAAUGAUAAUAGUAAUAACAUUUUCAUUCAAUGGAUGUCAAUACUUCAGAAAUAUAAUUUAGAUUUCAAAAAGAAUCAUACCAAAUUCAGAUUAAAGAAAGUGAAUGAAACCAAUAGAUGCUUUAUUAUCCAUACAGACGGAUCCAAGCUUGCAGGUAAAACAGGUAUGGGUAUUAAUAUAUAUGAAUCCGGUGGAAGGUUAUCACCUUGUAAAAGCCUUUCACUCCGUAUCAAUAAUGAAUACUCUAAUAAUGUUGCAGAAAUAGGAGCAAUUAUCACUGCAAUGAAACUACUUCCAAAUGGAACAACCGCUAGAAUACACACAGAUAGCAAAGUUGCAAUAGAUGUCCUAUCCAGAAAAUACAAAGGAAACUUUCUCCCUUUCAAAACUGAAUUUUUCAAUAUCCAAAAAGAAAAGAAUAUUUCAGUUUAUAUAAUCAAAGUUAAAGGACAUGAAGAUAAGGAAAAUAUAAUAGUAGAUCGCCUUGCGAAAGAUGGAACUGAAAGAGAUAAGAUCUUUGAUAUCAAAUCCUUACUAACCAACCAAUAUUUACUUAUGAAAAACGAUAUUGUGAUCUUUGAUUGCAAAAGAAUGACUGUAAAUCGCCAACUUAAGGAGAUGCACGAAGCAAUUGAUAGUAAUCCCAACUUUAUUCCAAACCAAAGCUGGUCAUCAAUUAAUGUAGCCUACCUCAAGUCACGACUGUCACCUAAAACCAAAUAUCAAAUUUGGCGAAACGCUUCAAAUUCUCAUAUCAAAUAUACACAGAAGAAAGAUGAAUUGAAUCCAACCUGCUCAGAUUGUAAUUGUCCCUCAAAUUUAGAACAUUACAUACAUGAAUGCCCCAGACUAGACAAUCAAAGAAGAUAUUGUCAAAAUAGAUUAACAGAAAUACUUGAUAGACCUGAGUGUUCACUCUCCCCUAUCCAAGAAAUUCCUUUCCAAUACUCAUAUGUGCUAUAUUUCCAUCACUCAGGCAUAACCUUUUUUGAGAAUGAAUAUAUAGAUAAGAUCCCCAACCAUAACGUCUUAAAGAAAUGGCCAGAGAUCCAAGCUGCUAUUUCCAAAUUUAUUGGAAGAGCCUUCCUUAUUUAUCAAAUUGAUUCAAAACCUAUUUACAAACGAAGUGAGAAAUAG